UUUAUCUGGCUGGUAACCUGAGCCCUGAAUUUCUGCCGUGGUGUUUUUACGCGGCCCCACAGCCCUCGGGCUCGGCCCCCUCCGGCCACUGCGCUCCCUCCCCGGGUGGAGGGGCUGAGCCGGGGGUCUCCUGUCCCCUGCGAAGGGCUCGGCUGCUGCCCAUCUCCGCAUCGCCCAUCUCUGAAGCUCCCCAAGGAGGCAGGAUCAGCCCCGAAGGCAUCACCAAAUGCCUGGCUGGUGGCCCCUCGCCGUGCCCUGAGCAGCCAUCGGCCACCCGCGCCACAUGCAGCCGAUGCCUCCAGGACAGCGUGCCGAGCCCCAGCCUGCAGCAUGUCCCAGCUCUCCUCCACCCUGAAGCGCUACGUGGACUCCUCGCGCUACGCCGAGAGCACCUACAGCAAAGCGCCCAGCGGCUACAGCUCCUACAGCUCCUAUGGGUCCACCCUGUCCACCGCCUACGCCGACAGCGACAAAAUCGGCUUCAAAGCCAGCUACCUGCCCUCCCCCCGCUACCACCACGCUGGGGGGCUGUCCCCCACCUCUGGCUAUGACAGCGGCCGGCUGUACCCCGACCCCAGCAUCCGCCUGAGCCCCUCGUACCUGCGCACACGGCCGCCCGGUGCGGGGCUCAGCGGGGGCGCCUGCUACACCUUCAGCGGCACCCCCGGCAGCCCCACGGGCUACCUGCCCUCCGCAGCGCCCCUCAGCCGCCACAAAUCCAUCAGCCACUCGGACCUGGCGCGGGAGUUCUCGGGGCUGCACACCUCAGACAGCGCCUACCUGCCCGCAGCCGGCGCGCUCAGCACCCGCGCCCGGCCGGAGCACGGCAACCUGCAGGGUCUCUACCAGGCUGCCAGCCACUCCGACUAUGUCCGUGGCUACCUGGAGAGCUACGGGAGGAAAAGCCACCAUGGCAGCCUCUCCACCGGCCACCUCAGCCCCUCUCAGGCCACCCUGCCGCCGUCGGGCACCCGCUGUGCCAGCCAGCCCUGCGAGAGGAGCGAUGAGCACUGCGAUGUGUCCGCACAGGACCCCACGAGCUCCAAGGCCGUGCAGGGGCUGACCGGCCUGCGGAACCUCGGCAACACGUGCUUCAUGAACUCCAUCCUGCAGUGCCUGAGCAACACCAAGGAGCUGCGGGAUUACUGCCUGCAGAACCAGUACCUGCGGGACCUCAACAACAACAGCCGCAUGCGCACGGCGCUCAUGUCAGAGUUUGCAAAGCUGAUUCAGCUGCUCUGGACCUCGUCCCCCAACGAGAGCGUGAGCCCCUCCGAGUUCAAGACGCAGAUCCAGAGAUACGCCCCACGCUUCGUCGGCUACAACCAGCAGGAUGCACAGGAGUUCCUGCGGUUCCUGCUGGACGGGCUGCACAGCGAGGUGAACCGCGUGCUGGUGCGGCCCCGGGCCAGCACCGACACCCUGGAUCACCUCCCUGACGACGAGAAGAGCCGGCAGAUGUGGAGGAGGUACCAGGAGAGGGAGGACAGCCGCAUCAGCGACCUCUUCGUUGGGCAGCUGAAGAGCUCUCUGACCUGCAGCGAGUGCGGCUACUGCUCCACAGCCUUCGACCCCUUCUGGGACCUGUCCCUGCCCAUCCCCAAGAAAGGCUACGGGGAGGUGACGCUCAUGGAUUGCCUCCGGCUCUUCACCAAAGAGGACGUGCUGGAUGGGGACGAGAAACCGACGUGUUGUCGCUGCAAAGCCAGGACAAGGUGCACAAAAAAAUUCAGCAUCCAGAAGUUCCCCAAGAUCCUGGUGCUUCACCUGAAGCGCUUCUCCGAGUCCAGGAUACGAAGCAGCAAACUCACCACCUUCGUCAACUUCCCGCUGAAGGACCUGGACCUGCGGGAAUUCGCCUCGCAGAGCUGCAACCACGCCGUUUACAACCUCUAUGCCGUCUCCAACCACUCGGGCACCACCAUGGGGGGACACUACACAGCCUACUGCAAGAGCCCCGUGUCCAGCGAGUGGCACACCUUCAACGACUCCCGCGUCACCCCGAUGUCCUCGAGCCACGUGCGCAGCAGCGAUGCCUACCUGCUCUUCUACGAGCUGGCCAGCCCGUCCUCCCGCAUGUAGCCAGCCCUGCCUCCCUGGGGGAGCCCCGGGCCACCCCUCAGAGCCGGCUCCACCAGGGUUCGGGCGUUUGGCACCCCCAGAGCGAGGGGGAGGCGAAGAGGAGACACCCCCGAGGUGGCCGCAGAGGGAGGCUGGGGACAGCCAG